AUGAUAGUUAUAAAAUCUAGUCUAUGGGUAUCUAAACAUGAAGGUACCUUCAUUGUAUUAAAUUAUUUUGUUUUAAAAAAUUAUUUUAACGCGGUAUUUUAUUAUCAAAAAACACUUCAUAUUCGACAAUUAUCAUUACCGAAAAAUCAUCCUGUUUUAUUAAAAGCAAUUGAAAAUCAUCAAAAUACAAUUACAUCAGUACCAAGAAACGGUUUACAAUCAAUAUCUGAAAAACAAUAUUCACAAUCGAAAUUAUCAAAAAUUAGGAGAAAAUUAAAUGGCAGAGUUUCUAAUUGUAUACAAACAAUAAAAAGAAAACAUUGA